AGACUGAACUCACUUCAGGAACUUCAGCUCCUUGAGAUAAUGUGCAACUAUUUCCAAGAGCAAACCAAGGAUUCAGUCCGACAGAUCAUCUUUUCAUCCCUCUUCAGCCCCCAGGGGAACAAAGCAGAUGACAACAGGAUGGCCCUGCUGGGGAAACUGGUCUCCAUGGCAGUGGCUGUGUGCAGAGUGCCUGUGCUGGAGUGUGCUGCCUUCUGGCUGCAGCGCACGCCCGCAGUGUUCUGUGUGCGCCUGGCACGAGCCCUGGUCGAUGACUACUGCAACCUGGUGCCAGGCUCCAUCCAGACCCUGAAGCAGAUCUUCAGUGCCAGUCCUCGCUUCUGCUGCCAGUUCAUCACAGCUGUCACAGCCCUCUACGACCUCUCUUCAGAUGACCUCAUCCCUCCUUCAGAUCUGCUGGAGCUGAUAGUUUCCUGGAUCUUUGAGGACCCACGCUUGAUCCUCAUCACCUUUCUGAACACUCCCAUUGCAGCCAACCUGCCCAUAGGGUUUCUGGAGCUCACACCACUGACAGGACUCAUCCGGUGGUGCGUGAAGGCUCCCCUGGCCUACAAGAGGAAAAAGAAAGCCUCUCUCUCCAAUGGACAUGCUCCCAGCAAAAUUGCCAAGGACUCGACCUCAGGAGAAGACAAAGAUUGCCACCAGCUGUAUUCAAAGCUGCACCUGAGCGUAUUGCAGGUUCUGAUGAUGCUCCAGGGGCACCUAACGGAGAAGAACCUCUACGGGCGCCUGGGGCUCGUGCCCUUUGACCACGUGGUUCCCCUGGUUGAGGAAAUUAACAGACUGUCUGAUGAGCUCAACCCUCUCAAUGCUUCCAAAGAGAUUGAACUGGCUCUGGACAGGCUGGCUCAGGCCUUGCAAGUGGCCAUGGCCUCGGGAGCUCUCCUGUGCACUAGAGAUGACUUGAGGACUGUGUGUUCCAGGCUCCCACAUAACAACCUCCUCCAGCUGGUGAUCUCUGGCCCAGUGCAGCAGCCAGCCCACAGUGCUCUGCCCCCAGGGUUCUACCCCCACAUCCACACCCCUCCCCUGGGUUACCCCUCACAUCCUCCACACCCUCCUCAUCCCUCACACCCCCCACACCCGGCUCACCCCGCGCUCCCAGCACACCCCGUCCAGACCUUCAUCCCAGGGAUGACAUUCCCAUAUCGGCCCAUCCGCUAG